GCGAGCGCUAGAGCCCAGAGCCCUGGACGUCCGUCCACCCGCGCGGCCCCACCAUGAGCUCGGGCCAGCCGCCGCCGCAGCAGCAGCCGCCGCCGCCCCGGAGGGUCACCAACGUGGGCUCCCUGCUGCUCACCCCGCAGGAGAACGAGUCGCUCUUCGGCUUCCUGGGCAAGAAAUGCGUGACUAUGUCUUCAGCAGUGGUACAGUUAUAUGCAGCAGAUCGGAACUGUAUGUGGUCAAAGAAAUGCAGUGGUGUUGCUUGUCUUGUUAAGGACAAUCCACAGAGAUCUUAUUUUUUAAGAAUAUUUGAUAUUAAGGAUGGAAGAUUAUUGUGGGAACAAGAACUAUACAAUAACUUUGUAUAUAAUAGUCCUAGAGGAUAUUUUCAUACCUUCGCUGGAGAUACUUGUCAAGUUGCUCUUAAUUUUGCCAAUGAAGAAGAAGCAAAAAAAUUUCGAAAAGCAGUUACAGAUUUAUUGGGUCGACGACAAAGGAAAUCUGAGAAAAGACGAGAUCCCCCAAAUGGUCCUAAUCUUCCCAUGGCAACAGUUGACAUAAAAAAUCCAGAAAUCACCACAAAUAGAUUUUAUGGUUCACAAGUCAAUAAUAUCUCUCAUACCAAAGAAAAGAAAAAAGGAAAAGCUAAAAAGAAGAGGUUGACUAAGGCAGAUAUUGGAACACCAAGCAAUUUCCAACACAUUGGACAUGUUGGUUGGGAUCCGAACACUGGCUUUGAUGUGAAUAAUCUGGAUCCAGAAUUGAAAAAACUUUUUGAUAUGUGUGGAAUAUCAGAGGCACAACUUAAAGACAGAGAAACCUCAAAAGCUAUAUAUGACUUCAUUGAAAAAACUGGAGGUGUUGAAGCUGUUAAAAAUGAACUCCGAAGACAAGCACCACCUCCUCCACCACCAUCGAGGGGAGGGAUACCUCCCCCCCCUCCUCCACAUAGCUCAGGUCCUCCUCCUCCUCCUGCUAGAGGAAGAGGUGCUCCUCCUCCUCCACCUUCAAGAGCUCCCAUAGUUGCACCUCCACCGCCACCUCCAUUGAGGCCUGGUGUAGUAAUUCCACCUCCUCCACCAAAUAGAAUGUACCCUCCACCUCCAGCCCUUCCCUCCUCCGCACCUUCGGGGCCUCCACCACCUCCUCCACUUGUGACGAUGCCAGGAGUAGUGGCACCACCCCCUCCGCCUCCGCCGCCACCUCCCCCGGGACCACCGCCUCCUCCUGAUGAUGAACAUCACAUUCCAACUCCUACAGGAAACAAAGCAGCUCUUUUAGAUCAAAUUAGAGAGGGUGCUCAGCUCAAAAAAGUGGAACAGAACAGUCGACCAGUAUCCUGCUCUGGAAGGGAUGCACUUUUAGACCAGAUACGACAGGGUAUACAGCUGAAAUCUGUGUCUGAUGGCCAAGAGUCUGCACCACCGACACCAGCACCCACUUCAGGAAUUGUAGGUGCAUUAAUGGAAGUGAUGCAGAAAAGGAGCAAAGCCAUUCAUUCUUCAGAUGAAGAUGAGGAUGAAGAUGAGGAGGAAGAUUUUGAGGAUGAUGAUGAAUGGGAAGACUGAUCUUUAUAUUAUAUAUACAUAUAUAUAUUUUUAAGGUGAAAUACUAAACACUACUUUCUGUCUAUGGAUUCUGUAAUUAUCAUGUAAAUGUUCUACCAAUUUGCUGUAUAUUUUUUUGCCUUUUUUGCUUUUUUUUUUAUUAAUCUGUGCAAUACCUCAUUUAAUCUGUAAAGGUUUGUCAUAAUCCUCUCAAAGCUACUCCCUGUUACUUACUGUGUGCAAGUUUACACCAGAAUGCUCACUUACUUUGUGAAUAUUUUUCAUUCCAUCAACAUGGGAGUUGAAGUAUUUUAUGUGAGUCAGACAAAAACCUUAAUGUAAUUUAGUUACAAUGCCAGAAGGAAAACACUAUUUUCAUAUCCUACUUUUCUGUACCUAAAUUUUCUUAUUAAAAUCUAGUAUAGGGCUACAUUCUUUUUUAAGUGAUAGAAACUUUAGUUUACCUAGCCCCUUCAUUUUGAACACAGUGCUAAAUGAAUGUUGAAGCUGACACAUUGCACAGUUCUUGAGACAUCACUACACUGAUGCGGUUUCUCCAAUUUUAACAAUAUGCUACACAUAUUGUACACAGAAAUGCUAGUCUGGAAAACCAGUAUCACAUCUCCUAUAGCAACGUUGCCUGUUACUACAGCAGUGUUAUUCGGAGGCUGAAAGCAUAAGGAGCCCUUAAAAUACCUGUGGUUUUUCUGCAUUACUUUUAUGCUGUAUAGCAAAUGUGACAGAUGCUUUUUGGAAAUAUUUAAAAAAGCCACUUUGGUGGUAUAAUGAAAAAGAAAAGUCAUUUAAGUUGUUGGUUGGGAGGAGCAUUUACAGAAACUGUUUUAUUUAUGUGCAUUAACUGAAGGAGGGCUAUACAUUAUAGUUACUUCAAUAUUUAGUUAAAUUCUAAUUAAAUUCACAAAAUAACAGUGAUAUGGAAUUUUCAGUUUGUAUGAAUUGAGGUAUUCAGAUAUACAAAUAAAAGUUGAUCUAGUUGGGUUCUAAGCUUAUUAUGCUUUACUUUUUAAUUUUUGAUAAUUUCUCAAGUUCUUGUCAAUGUAGAUGAAAGGUAAAAAAAAUUGUAAACAUUUGUGAUCCUGUGUCAAAAAAUUAUAAAUUCAUAACUGAAUUACAGAUGAAAAACAAUGAAACUUUACAAUCUGCACAUUUGUUAUGGAUAAUAUAAAAAAAGUUAAAAUUAGGGUUUCCUUGCCUCUCUACAAUAUACUAAUCUCCUUAAAGGUGGUCAUAUUUAUAGCGCUAAUUAUUAAAUCUGCCUACUUUAAAUUUGGGGUAGAAAAAGAUUAUCUGAUUUAAAUACUUUUUUCUUACAUUGAGUCAUAUGCAGAAUGUAGUUAUAAAGCGUAUUUCAUUAUUGUAGUUACCAUAUCCAACUUAAAAUUAAGCUCUAGAAUUUUACCAACCAAAAUCUAGUAUUGGCAUGAUCUUGACAGGCUGGACCUGCAAGAUGUAACUUGAAUUUUAACCAUUUAUUAUAAUCCGUAGUGAUCAUGCAUGUAGCUAUCAUAAGAAAUAAUUUAAAAGGUUUUUUGCAGGAAGCAGUAACUGGUGCAGUAAAAUGGUUAAGUUAUUCAAAGAUGUUACCUUCUGUGGGAGAGUAAUUUAAAUACAUGGGAAAGAAUUUAGACUUUGUUUCUUAAAAGUGCCCUUUGCUGCUGGAAAUUUUCUUCUUAGUACCAUUUUUAUUGAGACUUUUGAGCUCAGUGAGUUGGGUAUGGAUGAGGCUGGACAACUAGUUAUCAGUAAAAUUAGAAAUUUGUGCAGUUUGGUAAAAUAGAACAUUGUAAUUUCAUGUAAUGUUAAACAUUUUUUCAUUUUCUAGACAUUAUAAAAAUAUUCUAAGUAUCUCUUUGAGGUAAUGUCAAUUUAAGAGCUAUUAAUUGUUGGCUAAGGAAUUCAGGGUUUUUUGCUAACUUUGGUACGAUAUAACAGAAACUGCUAUAAAAAGGAAUAUCCAUUUUUUUCCAUGAGAAAUAAAAGUUUUAAACACAUAAGUUGGAUAAUAAAAUUUGCCAAAGGUAAUUGACUUUAUUUUCUUAAAGAAAUAAGCCUUAAAGGGAAACAAAAAAACUUUAUUGUUGCUGCACGAAGUCUAAUAAUUACUAUUGGUUUACAAGCAGCUAUGGAGUUGAGUCCAGGCAUGAAGAUGAAAAUCCAUUUUAAAUGUAAAGGUUGCAUGUUUUGGCCCACACCACCACCUUGCUCCAUGGGCAGCACUGUAAUUGUACAUUGUCUGAAAGCCUCCCAUGUAUGCUACAGCUAAAUGAUUGUCUGAUAGCCUUCGCUUUUAACAAACUAGCAUGAGGCUUUUUAUAUCUUUAAAUGCUACGUGAUAGACAAUUUCAGCUAGCCACAUAUUGUAUGUAUGAGAUUCAUAAAGACUUUCAAUCAUUCAUUUUCAUUUAUCAACUGAAAUUUUGUUUAGUAUGUGAAAUUUUUUUGAAAUGUAUAGUGAAUAGGAUGUUGCACUGGUGGCAAUUCAUCAUGAAGCAUAAUAAAAUUAAUUUGACCCAAAUAGCAAAAAAA